AUGAGUACAGUUCAGUUGCACCCCCAUUUCGUUGCGGCGUGCAACUACGCCGAUGUUAUCUCUAUCGUAGGACUGCUGAAGGAGCCGAUUGACAGCGGCGACUUUAAGACAAACGACGGCGCUCCGUACCUCCCAUCUGCGUACACGAGCACCAUUCACUUGGGUGACGCGCUGAGUGGGUUGCCGUAUUCGACUCGCCCGCCGUCUCCGCGAAAGCGGACUUCGAUUCUUACGACGAGCGCCCAAACGGUGCACACCCCUUUCGCUACACACGCACCGGUGGCGUCGAAGUGGCCACCUCUUUCUCUGAUCGAGGCGAAUGCCGGGUUGGAGGAUGAGAAGGUCACUCCCUUCUUGAUUCCGCCACCGAAAACGUCGCCGACGCCGACCAGCUCGCGGUUGCGACUGAGCCAUUGCCAGUCGUUGAAGGGCGUCAAGCCACGCCGGCCGAAGGUGCUGUGCAUAUGGGACGUGGACGACACCCUCGUUGCAUCCGGAGCCAGCGGGGUUCGUCAGAACGCUGUGUUCCGGGAUUCCGAGCUGGUUGAACUCUUCCGCAGCGCCGGUGACACCGCGCGCCACUUGCUUCUCUCACAAGGGAGCAUCGACGAUGUCUUAGAGAGGCCGGGCGGGCGACUGUGGUGCGUGCGGCCCUUUCUGGAACGCACCACUGGCUCCACCGGCGAUGACCGUGCAACGGAUGGCUACACAGAUUGUUCCUCCUCGGCGCCAGCCUCGUCUCGCGGCGGCGCGAAGAAAAGGAAGUCGUUCUUUGCGAAUUUUCUCCGUUGCGGGGGUGGUAGCCGCACAAAGGUGCAGCCGGCGUCAGCGUCGUCGGUGACCAGUCACACCGGCGCAUGGAAUGGAUACAGAGCCGGUAGAGAUGACUUGAGCGACCGCGACCUGCGACACUUUGCAUCAGGCACGGUUGUGGUGCGCCUCGCCACCGUGCGGGAACGCAGCGAACAGGAAGAGGACUCCGCGUUUCUGGACGACCCGAGGGCGUCGCCGACGUGCAACCGCACCUUCGAUGGGCAGCUGGACGACAAGGCAGAACAGCAGGGCCGGUGGCUCAUUCUUCGACCGGAGGUGUGGGGCAUCACGCUCGCGUCAAUGAGCACGUUCUUCCCACCGUCGCGCAACACAGCGUUCGUGAACGGCAAAAUAUACCGCAAGAUGGACGUUGUCUGGUCGCUUGCCAUGUCCAGCGAGUGGGACUCCGUCUUCUUCAUCGACAACAACCUCUCUGAGCUGGGCGUGGUGCGGUAUGGGCUGCAGAUUUCGGACAUGCUCGAUUUGCGGCGCCAGCACAAGGUGUAUCGUUUCUUCCAGGCCGAUUAUCUGCUCCUCGCGACAUCGGCGAAGCUUCGCGAUCUGGGAUUGCGGUAUGGUCGUGACAUCACCAGGGUGCCCGACACCGCCGAGCUCGCGCUGUCGCUGGAAGACCAGCAGAAUCGUAGUAGUUGCGACCAGCAAGCGCAGAAAGCGGCGUCCGUUACUGCCACCAGCCCAAGCUCCUCGGCCACAGCACCAAAGGGCAGCAAAACCGAAGAGGCGAGCGAGUUGAAGUGGUGCAAGUCCGCUCCAGUGUCCAGCUCUGGCAGCGCCGACACCACAGGUUCCCGAACCAGUGGUGUAACGAGCAGCGACGCUGGCCACUACGCAUCCUGGAAGGGGUGCUCAUCGGUGUGGGGCCCCGGCGCCAACGGCCUUGCAGACGACGUGAAAAUCGUGAAAUCAAAUGAGGGGGACCGCACGCCUCCGCAUCGUGAUGCAACGUCCCCGCUAAUGGUGCAACGCCGACACCGAUCGAGCCACGGCUACCGCUCUGUGGACGCGGAGUGCCUGCCACUCAAGUUCCCCCUCUUCCCUUGCCACCCUCUUCACGAGGGCGGUGACGGCGAUCUCGGGGCCUCCGUGACCACGGCAACCUCAAUAGUGCGCUCUCCGACGCUUUCAUACAAGGAUGUGAACCUGAUUGUCGUGAACCUGCACAUGCCAUCUGAAGCGUAUCGCCGGGUGCUGACCACUGCACGCACCAGCAGCAGCGGACAGCGCAGCAUGCAGCGCGUCAACAGCCACUUCAGCAGGUACGUCGGUCAGCCUGUGUUUGCCAACGACCGUAGCUGCACUGAUGAGCAAUACAAGGAUGUUCUCAAGUACUUCCAGGAGGCGGAGAGUACUCUAUUCCAGGUAGCCGAGGAAGAUAUGCGAGCGAACGGCUUCGUGGAUGUCAACAGGGUGAGCCGCUGGGUGCCGUGCACGCGCAUGGUGUGCGCACCGAUUCGCAUGCGGCCGACGUUUGUGCCGCACAUGCUCGACUUCUACAAGCUUUUUUUCAAGGAGGUAGAGGAGCGGCUGGUCGCGACGCUGCAGCGCACGGGUGGUGUCAGUGCGUCAUGCGUGCUGCACGCAGAGGCGCAGCGACAGUACUACAUCCUGCAGCGCGUGCUCCCUUUCAUCGAUCCGUAUUUGACGGGUGACCUUGGCCGCAUUUUAUUUGACAUCUACACUACAGACGGCAGCAUUCCUCGCUCGAUGGCAGAGCAGCUAAAGAAAACGAUCGACAGAACGCGGGACCGCAUCCAGCCUUUGCAGAAGAAGAGACGGCAGUGA